UCCAUUUCCAUUUCCAUAACAGCCACCCCUUCCCCCCCUGUGGCUCCCGAUCCCGACUGUCCCCGAGCCGAGGGUGGGAGGUGGGGUGAGGGUGAAUGUUCUAGCUUCCAGGCUAGAAGCAACUGAAUGCUGUACCUGGGUAGGACGACGUUACCUGAGAACCUGGAGAACCUGGAGAACCUGGAAUGGAAUGGAAUGGACGGGAACGCCCCGACUUCGACGGGACCCGACUGUACAGUACAGUAGGUACUGGCUCAACUCGCUCGACUCACCAGGUAGGACACUACUGGACAUGUACCUAUGCACAUCUACCCUGCCUAGGAACAGACAUACAGCAUAGCAUAAUUGAGAUGGGAAGAAAAAUCCAACCUCGAGACGCAAACAUCGCUCCUUGAUCCUCGAUCCCGACCGACAGCAUUGACAGGCCUACCUACCUUAGGUACUUUACCUACUUUACCACGUCACGCGAGAGAGCAAGUGCCACAACCGGGCAGGGCAGAAACAGAAUUCCUGAUCACGAGUUCCUUGACUUCCAUGCGUGCGGCACUCCUGCCAGACUCCCAGACUCCCACUCCUGCUCUUACCCCGUGUCACGAAGAUGGCAUCGCCAGUGCAGACAGCUGCAGCGGCCCCAGUUAAGAAGGCACCGAGGUCGUCGCUCUUGAGGUCUUGCGAAAGAUGCCGACGAAGGAAGAUCCGAUGCGAUGAUUAUUUCCCCUGCGCUGCGUGUACGCGACUUGGACUUCAGUGUAAGUUGAGCGAUGAUCGAAAAGCAGAGAGAUCGCAGAGUUUCCUCGAAGAGCGUGUCAAAAGAUUAGAAAGCCUUCUGGCACAGCACGAGAACCGUGAACGUGGUGUUUCGCCUGCUUCCGCUUCGCUGUCAGCCACUCCGUCUGCCUCGAUGGACAUGCCAGGACCGUCACAGCACCAUCUCCGGCUGCAAAUUCCGACGUCCCCGUCUCCAAUGUCGCCCGCUCCCGAAGACUCUUCGAUGAGUCCCGGUCCGGACGUUCAGGAGUAUCCGAGGGGCUAUAUGUCGUCGUACUGCUCAUCGCCAGUAGAUUUCGCCACUAGUCCUGCAGGAGAUUUUCCUCCCUGGUUAUCUUCCGAUGCUUUCAGUAUCCCCAGCUAUCCCUCAUUCUUUGACUAUCCCAGACAGGCGAAAUCAUUCCCAUCUACUCCUAGCAACAAUUUCGUGGAUCCUACGAAUACCUUCUCAAGCAUUAGCUUCUCCAGAAUGGGUCAGGGUCAGCAUGACAGUCUUAUGGUACCAGAAAUUCCCACCAUCGAAGUCACUUCAUGGGAGGCGCAAUCCAACCUGUCAAACGAUGGAGGCAUGAAUGAAACGGCACUUAAUCUGCCCGAUCUCAGCGUUGGCUCGUGGAGCGGUCCACCAUCACCCUCAUUGACAGCAGUAAGCCACGGCUUUGUCAAUGACGAAUAUCUUUCGGAAGUCGAUCUCGAUCGGCAUUCUCGACGGCCCUCUGUAGCCUUCUCAGAGCGCUCCUUCAGCGAUUUGGACUCUCUAAAGCCUGAUAUGCCCAUGUCACCCUCUUUCUCUCAUUCUCGUCCAAGGUCGAGGUCCGAUGUCCUGCCCCAGUCAACGCGAUACCUGCAUGCGACACCUGUGUCUUUCCGUCCGGAAUCAAACCACAUCCACCCUCAAUCUUUGGGUCGUUUUGGCUCCGGCAAAUUUAUUCCUGACGCCGACGAAGGCUCAUAUACUCGCAUCUUCUUCGAGCGCAUCCACCCGUACUUCCCCAUUCUCUCCCAACAUAGGUUCCAGUCAUGUGCAAACACUAGUAUCGACAGCUCCACUAUGGAUCAGCAAACACGUAUCGAGAAAUUGGAGAGCAUGCUGGUACUAGCCAUCGGAUCUCAAUUUCAAAGUAACAUUGGAGGAUGCCCUUCCCCGGUACCUCGUCUAUACUUCCAAACGGCUAUGCAACUGUACCCAGAGAAUGCAUGGCAGCAAAGCCCUACACUGAAGACGUUACAGGAACACUUGUUGGUGGCUAUUUAUGUACUCCUCUCCACAUACUGCCCUCCCUACCCAGCAGAGGGUAGCCACGAAGCUCUAAAUGCCAUAAAUCCAAGUAUUUGGAUGCUAAAUGCUUUUACCACGGCGGCGGCAAUCGAUCUCAACCUUCAUGCUCGUAAUAAUCUUAGCGCCUCUGAGCAGGACCUCUUCAUCUCAGUGUAUGUACUGGACAUGGUGGUCAGCAUCUUGUUAAGUAGGCCGAAUCUGCUGAGAGGUCUGAACAUUGAUAUCGGCGGGAUGCGUAGAGUGCAAGGUACUACGGAGGUGAACAGAAUGAGAAUGGAUGAAGUGGCAAACGAAGAUCUUGGUAGUGGUUGGAGAUGUGUUUUGGACUGGUAUAGGACUGAUGGGCGCGAUUUUGUCUUAUAG